AGAAACGCGUUAAGUACAGUCGACGCAAUGGUAGACCUGUUAAAAUGAAUAUUAAUACACUAAAAUAAUUAAUACGACUAUUUAAUUAAAACGUCAUAAUAUAAACGUCAAACGAAACGCGGUACAUGAUUAAAUAACAUCAAAACGAUGCCACACAAUCCAAGAAUAAAGUCUCAUCAUCUGCAGUGGGGGUUACGUUAACUGAGGGGCAGUUUGCCGGCUGAGACCUCUGAAGCGAAGUAACAGGAAAGCGGCAUUAUUGACGCGAAACACCGCGCCGAUCAUCCAACGUUGUCGAUGCAUACCGCCGGUUAGGCAUAACAGCAGUUUUCAGAUGAGCUUGGUUGGUGCAGGUGAGGGAGUUAUUAAAAACGUGGGAAAAUGCAGGAAGAGAGCGCGUCUGCCUCCGCCAGGCCUUUGGAUCCCGGCUCUCCACUUACACGCGACACCGAGUGUAGCGGAGACGGACGCGGUAGAGCCGCGGUGGAUUUCCCGGUAGCUGUGGUUCUUCCGGCCGGCGGCUCCGGGGAGCGGAUGGGACUGCCCACACCCAAACAAUUCUGCAAGAUUCUCAACAGACCUCUGAUCAGUUACACCAUUCAAGCGUUUGAGAGAUUAUCAUGGAUUGGAACUAUUGUUGUUGUGGUUGCUAAGGAAAACCAUGACUUGAUGCUGAACAUCGUCCGAAAAUUUCAUCACACAAAGGUGAAAGUGGUACAUGGGGCAACCUCCAGACACAGGUCUAUCUUCAAUGGACUUCAGGCCUUCAGCAACAAUACAGAUGAUUCAUUGACUCCUAAACCAAAAGUGGUCAUCAUCCAUGAUGCUGUACGGCCCUUUGUGGAAGAAGAUCUUCUGCUGAAAAUAACCCUAGCAGCUAAAGAGGAAGGGGCCUCGGGAGCCAUUCGUCCUUUGGUGUCCACAGUUAUAGCUACGACCUUGGAGGGCUACCUGAACCACUCAUUGGAGAGAGCGAAAUACCGAGCCAGUGAAAUGCCUCAAGGAUUUCUUUAUGACAUCAUUUUCCAGGCCUACCAGCGGUGCAGUGAAUAUGACUUUGACUUUGGCACAGAAUGUUUGCACUUGGCCCUGCAGUACUGUGGAACAAAUGCAAAACUUAUAGAAGGACCACCAACUUUGUGGAAAGUUACCUACAAAAGAGAUCUAGCAGCCGCCGAGGCUAUUAUUAAAGAGACUCUUUCAGCGUCCGCAUGUGUCAUCACAGAGGCUGCUGCAGAAGCUGUUGAGUUGGCCGGAACGCUCCAGAAAAAUCUGGCAACCCAGGGCAUGGUGGUGACUGACGUUAUUCCAUACGCAAAUGAAAGUUAUACAGACUGCCUGUCAAAAACCCGAAACUUCAUUCAGAUAGCGGUGAAUGGAUCAAACGUCUCAGGUGUUCUAGAAAUGGUUCAACAUUUUGAGAAUACCAGCCACGCCCGUCUACAUCCAGUUGUUGUUGUUUGGGUUAAGCUGAACACGACAAAGCGCUCCUUUGAUACUCAAAAGACAGAUGAGUUAACAACCUUCAUGCGUCUGGCCUCUGAAGUCAAACAAGCAAAUGUUCAGCUCUAUGGAAUUCAGAUUGAUCACACCAAGGUGUCGGAGCUGUGGGAGAGGUCCGCGGCGAGACUCGCUGACGUCACAGUCGCUCUCAUCAGAGAUAGAAACCCUGCUCUCAUUGGCCAGUUGCUUCAAGCUUGAAACUUUGGUACGACUGGAUGGUGUAGUAGAGUAAAUGGACGGUCAGUAUAUGACCUGUGGACAUAUAGAAACAGCUGUUCGUAUUUUAAAGAGAAACAUUUUAAGCGAAGCAUUUCCUCGUUAAAUAAUUUACAGACAACAAGAAGUGAAUGAUAAGAAAUGGUGAAUUAUUUUGUAAUUGUGUGUUUAAGCGAUUCGAAUGC